AUGCCUCACAUGCCUCGACGGGCCCUGUCCCUGGCCACGCUGGCCGCCCUGGCCGUGCCCGCCCUCGCGGCCGGCAAGCUCAACGUCUACUGGGGCCAGAGCGGCGACCGGACGCUCGCGCAAGUCUGCCAGGAGGACGCGUUGGACUACGUGACGCUGUCCUUUAUCAACGAGUCGCCCGAGAACGACGGGGCCACCAACUACCCAGGCAUGGAGUUCGCGGCGCACUGCCCGGGCACCAUGUACGAGGUCGACGGCGAGGCGUCCAACCUCAUCAAGGGCUGCACGGACAUCCAGGAGGGCAUCCCCGUGUGCCAGGCGCUGGGCACCAAGGUGCUGCUGUCCAUUGGCGGCGUGUUCGAUACCGUCCUGGCCAACUACAACGUCACGACGGAGGCCAACGGGCGGUACUUUGCCGACUUCUUGUGGGGCGCCUUUGGCCCGUACAAUGCGACGUUUGGCGGGCCGCGGCCGUUUGACCUCGGCGCGACGGUGCACAAUGCCGUGGACGGCUUUGACUUUGACAUUGAGGCCAUCUUCCCGUCGGAGGCGCCGUGGAUUGCGCUGAUCGACCAGCUGCGGGGGUACUGGGCCGCGGACGCGCCGUACCUCGUCACGGGCGCGCCGCAGUGCCCCAUUGUGUCCGACGCCUCGCUGCCCAUGAAGCACAUGAUUGCCGAGGCGCAGUUUGACCUCAUCUGGGUGCAGUUCUACAACAACCCCGAGUGCGACGGCACGACGAGCGCCUUCAACUUUGACGAGUGGGUGGACUUCUUGCCGGGCACGCGGAGCGCGCACGCCCAGCUGUACAUUGGCCUGCCAGCGGACCAGGGCGCGUCGGGCUACCUCGACGAGGCCACCCUGCGGUCCAUCCUGAACACGUACGGCACGAGCCCGUCGUUUGGCGGUGUCAUGCUGUGGGACGAGUACCUGUCGUACACCAACACGAAUGCGUCCGCGACGUCCACCGAGUCGUAUGCCGACCUGGUCAAGGAGGUCUUGGCGGGUGUGCCCACCCCGUCCCCGUCGUCGUCAUCGUCGUUGUCGUCGUCUGUGCCGGCGACAUCGUCUGUGUCGUCCACGUCGUCCCCGAGCUCGACGCCGUCGCCGACGCCCUGCAGCAACCCCUACACCGUCCAGCCGACCGACGACUGCUACGACAUCGCCGCCGCACACAACACCACGGUCGGCCAGAUCCUGGCGCUCAACCCGGCACUCAAUCGCUUCUGCGACUUGACGGCCGGCCAGGCCAUCUGCCUGCCCGAGCAGUGCACGCGCUACUAUACCGUGGUGCCGCAGGACACGUGCUACAAGAUCGACACGCUGUUCGGCAUCUCGUUUGACCAGCUGCUGGCGUGGAACCCCAAUGCGAUCAACGCCGACUGCACGAACCUCAAUGUGGGCCAGGUGCUGUGCGUGUCGACGGGCAACACGACCACCUCCGCGUCGUCGUCCGCCACCUCGUCCACGGCACCGACCUCCUCGUCGGCCGCCUCGGCGUCCGCCUCCCCGACGCCCGUCGCCUGCGCCAAGUACUAUACCGUCGCGGGCGGCGACUCGUGCUACAAGAUCGACACCAAGUACGGCUUGACGUUUGCGGAACUGCAGGCACUCAACCCCACCGCGGGCAUCAACAAGGACUGCACAAACCUUAAUGUGGGCCAGGUGCUGUGCGUGUCGGCGGGUAACACGACCGCCUCCGUGUCGUCGUCCGCCACGUCGGCCUCGACACCGACCUCCUCGUCGGCCGCCUCGGUGUCCGCCUCCCCGACGCCCGUGGCCUGCGCCAAGUACUAUACCGUCGCGGGCGGCGAUUCGUGCUACGUCAUCUACACCAAGUACGGCUUGACGUUUGCGGAACUGCAGGCACUCAACCCCACCGCGGGCAUCAACAAGGACUGCACAAACUUGCAGCCCGGCGAGGUGUUGUGUGUUGCGGCGGUCCUCCCCAGCUCCAGCGCCAGCGCCAGCACCAGUUCCAGAGUCAGUUCCAGUGUGUCUGUUCCGCUGUCGACGGGCGCCACGACAUCAUACAGCAGCGCGACGUCAUACAGCAGCGGUUUCUCGACCAUCACCACAAGCAGCCAGUCGUACAUCUGGUCGAACAGCACGUCCGUCGGGACUUCUUCGAUGCUGAGCAUCAACUAG